AUGAGGGUGACACAAAGACGUGAGGUGGCGAAGGACAAGAGUAAGGUUAGUUUGGGAGGUAAAAGAAACAAGAUCAAAGAAAUGUUGCACAUCACAGAUGAUGACGAUGACAAGGGUGGUGCAGAGGAGCUAGUGGUGAAACGGAGGAGAAGAAGGCCAACAAAAGAAGAGAAGCCCGACGAGCAAAGUGGAUCACUUGUUAAUUAUCUGAGAUCAAAAAGCGAAAGGGAAAAGAAGGACAGUGAUAUGGAUGAGAGAGAAAGUAAGCACGGAGGUGAGCUUGAUAUGACGUAUGUAUUCGUUGCGAGGAAGAGUCUAGCGAGGACACCUACAAAAUGCUUUGACCAAACAGAUGGCAAGGUAGAAAGCCAAGGAUUAAGUACUCAGCUAGAUAAUAAGACAAUAGAGGGAGGCAACGAAGAAGUCCUAGAGGCUACAGCAGAUGAUAUGAAAGAAAAUAGAAGAGAAGAAAUAAAUCAAACCACAGAGGAAGAUGAAGGGGAAGAACCGGAAAAAAAUAUAGAAAACAUUAAUGAGGCAGGUCGCAAUGGAGAUGAUGAAGAAAAGGAUUGGGAACAGACUGUUAAAGAGAAAAUGAAGAAAGUGUGGCAAGAAAUUUUCGAGGAAAACUGGGAAAAAAUUAGGAAGGAAAUUAUGGAAGAAAUGAAGCUUGAAACGAGACAGAUGCAAAUAAAUAUAGCAUCAAUGAUCAGGGAUAGUACAGAAGAAAUACUAAAAAAGCUAAGGAGUAAUCUGCAAUUAAUGAAGCAGGAGAAUACAGAAAUAGUGCUGGAGCUGACAAGAGAGAUUGAAGCGGCAAAAAGAGGGUCAGCCAAAGAAGUCGGAAGAGCUAAUGAAAAUGCAGGAAGAAGUGAGAAGCAUUAA